AUGGCGGACGUUGAACCCGGCCCCGAGCCGAAACAAUCCAUUGAAAUGCCUGAGAAACCCGUGGAGACCCCCGAGGUAUCCCCAGCAGCUCUAGAGUCUGACGAACACGCACUACCCGAGCAGACCGAAUCGCAAGACCCAACACACGAGGAGAAUGCGCAAUCGCCCCAGGAGGAGGAGGAACCAGACGAAAAGCCAGAUGUACCGCCUAAGGAUGAUCUCGAAGCCGAGGAGGAACCCCAAACACAUGGUCCACCCACGAUUCAGGAACCACCCGCAGACGAUGCCAAUGCCACCGAAAGCAGACUGCGAUCUGACUCACGAUCCACUACCGCCACAUUCAUGACGCAGCGGUCUGGGCCAGUCAGCUCGACGGUCUUCAUCGUGACAGCUUUGGACAAUAUUGCUGCCUCCCGGGAUGCCCGGAGGGACAAGAAGCUCGAGGAUGCCACACAGGUGGCCCUGGCCAAUAUCAAACAGACCGAAGGGCAACCCAUCGACCCGGAGCUUAUUUUCCGUCCAUUGCAUCUAGCAAGUAAAACACUUAGCAUCCCGUUGCAGGUGACUGCGUUGGAUUGUAUUGGAAAGUUGAUCACAUACUCCUAUUUCGCAUUCCCAUCCGCCCAGACCGAGAACGAAGCCACCCCUGAACAACCUCCGCUGAUCGAGCGCGCUAUCGAUGCAAUCUGCGAUUGCUUUGAAAAUGAAGCUACGGCGGUUGAAAUUCAGCAGCAAAUCAUCAAAUCCUUAUUGGCGGCAGUUCUCAACGACAAAAUUGUGGUUCAUGGAGCUGGUCUCCUGAAGGCUGUCCGUCAAAUAUACAACAUCUUCAUCUACUCCAAAUCCAGCCAGAACCAACAGAUCGCUCAGGGGUCGCUCACACAAAUGGUUAGCACGGUAUUUGAACGAGUGCGGACACGCUUGGACCUCAAGGAACUCCGAUUAAGGACGGCAGAAAAGGCAUCCUCGACUCUCGAUGCCUCAGCAAGUGAUGUUGGCCAAGCUUCAGACGCGGCUUCCGUGUCUGGUGUUGACCAGCCCGACCAGCCCGACCAGCCUGUGACCAAAGACCCCAAUGCUGAAAAGCUCACUCUGCAGAGCUUUGAGUCGCCCAAGGAGGUUACCUCUGUCAACGACAAUGCGCCAACUACGGUUACCCGCGCUAAACGGUCAGCGACGCGAUCAAUGUCCGGCAUUCCCGAGGAGAGAGAUGAUGAUAGCCUGGCCGAGGAUGAUGUUGAUGAGGUCUAUGUCAAGGAUGCCUUUUUAGUAUUCCGCGCAUUGUGCAAACUGAGCCACAGGGUCUUGACCCACGAGCAGCAGCAAGAUGUGAAGUCCCAGAACAUGAGGUCCAAGCUCCUAGCGCUGCACUUGAUCCACUACCUUAUCAACAACAACACCACAACUAUCAUCUCGCCUUUAGCGACUAUCAAGAAUAGUUCCAACAGCACGGAACGCAUGACACUGCUGCUUGCUAUCAGGCCCCAUCUUUGCCUCAGUCUCAGCCGCAAUGGCGCAAGUGCCGUGCCUCACAUCUUCAAGGUUUGCUGUGAAAUAUUCUGGCUGAUGCUGAAGGACAUGCGUGUCACGGUCAAAAAGGAACUCGAGGUGUUCAUGAAGGAAAUUUACCUCGCAAUUCUCGAAAAGCGCGGUGCCCCCGCAUUCCAGAAGCAGUACUUCAUGGAAGUCCUGGAAAGGCUGGGUGGUGAUCCACGAGCUUUAGUUGAAAUCUAUCUCAACUACGAUUGUGAUCGAACUGCAUUGGAGAACAUCUUCCAAAAUCUCAUUGAACAGUUAUCCCGGUAUGCCAGUAUACCAGUUGUCACAUCCUCCUCUCAGCAGUACCAGUACCAAGAACAGCAUACCAAGAUGACAAGCGUUGGCUCUGAAUGGCAUCAACGAGGCACACUGCCCCCAUCAUUGACCAGUGCUCACAUUGUCCCGACCCCGCCACCCCCGAUGCCUAAUAUUCCAUCCGAUUAUGGACUAAAGCAGCAGGGGUUGGAGUGUCUCGUUGAGAUGUUGCGCUCACUCGACAACUGGGCUACACAACGCACUGAUGACCAACCUGCGGUUUCCAUGCCAUCGAAGUCCAUGGACAACUCUCGCGAAUCCUUGGACACAAACGUGCUUGCGUCUCCGCAUCCCGAGGCGUUAGAGAGUGGAACAGGCCGUUCUACGCCUUUGCCUGAAGACGACCCCAAUCAAAUCGAAAAGGUCAAGCAAAGAAAGAUUGCGCUCACGAAUGCGAUCCAACAAUUCAACUGGAAGCCCAAGCGUGGAAUCAAAGCUCUCCUGCAAGAAGGAUUCAUUCGUUCAGAAGCACCUGAAGAUAUCGCUAGCUUCAUGCUCCGCACUGACCACAUUGAUAAAGCCACACUCGGUGAAUAUCUGGGUGAGGGAGAGCCGGAAAAUAUCGCGAUUAUGCAUGCUUUUGUCGAUUUGAUGGAGUUCACGAAACGUCGUUUCGUUGAUUCUCUGCGGUCAUUCCUGCAACACUUCCGUCUUCCUGGCGAAGCGCAGAAGAUUGAUCGAUUCAUGCUGAAAUUCGCUGAACGUUACACUACCCAAAACCCCAAUGCAUUCGCAAAUGCUGACACCGCAUACGUACUUGCAUACUCCGUCAUCCUGCUCAACACAGAUCAGCAUAGCACGAAGAUGAAGGGCCGCCGUAUGACCAAGGAAGACUUUGUCAAGAACAACCGUGGAAUCAACGACAACCAGGAUCUACCAGCGGACUACCUCGGAGCGAUCUAUGAAGAGAUUGGGAGCAACGAGAUUGUGCUAGACACCGAACAGGAACAUGCUGCCAAUCUUGCCACUCAGCCGGCUGCCCCGACUGGCCUUGCUACCAGGGCCGGGCAGGUCUUUGCUACUGUUGGACGGGACAUCCAAGGCGAAAAGUAUUCGCAGGCUUCGGAGGAGAUGGCCAACAAGACAGAACAACUUUAUCGCUCCCUUAUUCGGGCUCAGCGCAAGACAGCAGUCAAGGACGUUCUAUCCCGUUUCAUUCCUGCCACGUCGAACAAGCACGUUGGUUCCAUGUUCAACGUUACAUGGAUGUCUUUCUUGUCUGGCUUGUCUGCACCCAUGCAAGACACUUCAAACCUCCACACCAUUCGUCUCUGCAUGGAAGGACUGAAGCUGUCGAUCCGCAUCAGCUGUGCUUUCGAUCUGGAGACUCCCCGUGAGGCCUUUGUCACUGCCCUGGCGAAAUUCACCAACCUUGGAAACGUGAGAGAGAUGAUGCCCAAGAACUUCGAGGCCCUCAAGGCCCUGCUUGACGUUGCUCUUACGGAAGGAAAUCGUCUCCAUGGUUCAUGGCGGGAUAUUCUGACCUGUGUGAGCCAGCUUGACCGGCUACAGCUCCUCAGCGAUGGCGUUGACGAAGGAUCACUUCCUGAUGUUUCAAGGGUGCCAUCAUCGGCGGAUGCAUCUCGUAGAUCCAUGCAAAGUACACGGCGCGCUCGCCCCCGUUCCAUAAAUGGACCAACCGCCUUCCGUCCAGAGAUUGCCAUGGAAAGUCGCUCAGCAGACAUUAUUCGCAGCGUGGAUUGGAUCUUCACCAACACUGCCAACUUGUCACAUGAAGCAAUCAUUGACUUUGUUCGCGCCUUGAGUGAAGUCAGCUGGCAAGAGAUUCAAUCUUCUGGUCACACCGACUCACCUCGGACGUUCAGUUUGCAGAAGCUAGUGGAAAUCAGUUAUUACAACAUGACCCGUGUCAGGAUUGAGUGGUCCAAGAUCUGGGAUGUCUUGGGCUCACAUUUCAACCAAGUUGGUUGUCACCAUAACACUACUGUUGUAUUCUUUGCAUUGGAUUCGCUCCGUCAGCUUUCAAUGCGGUUCAUGGAGAUUGAGGAAUUGCCCGGUUUCCAAUUCCAGAAGGAUUUCCUCAAGCCUUUCGAGCAUGUCAUGGCGAACAGCACCACUGCCGCCGUCAAAGACAUGAUUCUGCGAUGUUUGAUUCAGAUGAUCCAGGCUCGUGGCGAUAAUAUUCGCUCGGGCUGGAAGACCAUGUUUGGUGUUUUCACAGUCGCAGCGCGCGAACCCUAUGAAACGAUUGUCAACAUGGCAUUUGAUCACGUCACCCAGGUCUAUAACACCAGAUUUGGCGUGGUGAUCACUCAAGGCGCCUUCGCCGAUCUCAUUGUUUGUCUGACAGAAUUCUCUAAAAACUCCCGGUUCCAGAAGAAAUCCCUGCAAGCAAUCGAAACGUUGAAAUCAACUGUCCUCAAAAUGCUGCGGACCCCCGAAUGCCCCUUGUCCCACCGCGGGGCUGACUCGGCGGCUACGUUCCAGGACAAUGGUACUAAUCUGGCCAAGCAGCUUACUCGUCAAUCCAAGGAGGAGCAAUUCUGGUACCCCAUUCUCAUUGCUUUCCAGGAUGUACUCAUGACCGGUGAUGAUCUUGAGGUCCGCUCACGAGCACUCACAUAUCUGUUUGAUACACUGAUCCGUCACGGUGGCGAUUUCCCAAGAGACUUCUGGGAUGUCCUCUGGAGACAGCUGCUGUGUCCGAUUUUCGUUGUCCUGCAGUCCAAGUCUGAAAUGUCCAAGGUCCCAAAUCAUGAAGAUUUGUCGGUCUGGUUGUCCACGACGAUGAUUCAGGCACUGAGAAACAUGAUCACUCUCUUCACGCAUUACUUUGAUGCCCUGGAGUACAUGUUGAGUCGCUUCUUGGAGCUUCUGACAUUGUGUAUCUGUCAAGAAAAUGACACAAUUGCACGCAUCGGUAGCAACUGCUUACAACAGCUGAUUCUGCAAAAUGUCUCCAAAUUCAAGCAGGAGCAUUGGUCCCAAAUCGUUGGCGCUUUCGUGGAGCUGUUCAGCAAAACUACCGCCUAUGAGCUCUUCACGGCUGCCGUGUCAAUGUCUAAACCAGCUGAAGUGCUCAACGGUGAUCUCACGUCGAGUCCAGAUUCUGUUGCGGUAUCAGGUGAUCCCGAUGCUUUGCAAGCGAAUGCAUCACAAAGCACAUCCUCUUUCCAAGAGAAUGGAGACCCCCCUGUGCAAAGUCAGGCUCGUGCUGAACUGGAAGACUAUCGUCCCCAGUCGGAUCAACAACAGCCUGCCGCGGUAACUGCAGCUCGCCGGCGGUACUUCAAUCGCAUCAUCACCAACUGCGUUCUUCAACUCCUGAUGAUUGAGACGGUGCACGAACUUUUCUCCAACGAGAAUGUUUAUGCUCAAAUCCCCAGUAUGGAGCUUCUUCGACUCAUGAGUCUGCUGAAGAAGAGCUACCAGUUCGCGAAGAAGUUCAACGAAGACAAGGACCUGCGCAUGCAGCUCUGGCGUCAGGGCUUUAUGAAGCAGCCGCCCAACCUGCUGAAGCAAGAAAGUGGCAGUGCCUCCACCUACGUACACAUCCUCUUCCGCAUGUACCAUGACGAGCGAGAGGAGCGACGAAGUAGUCGCGACGAGACUGAAGCCGCCCUCAUUCCACUUUGCGCCGACAUCAUUCGCAGCUUUGUCCGCCUCGAAGAAGACACCCAGCAUCGCAAUAUCGUCGCCUGGCGCCCCGUCGUCGUCGAUGUCAUCGAUGGCUACACCAACUUCCCGCAGGAUGGCUUUGAUAAACACAUCGAAACAUUCUAUUCUCUGGGAGUGGAGCUCCUCAGCCGCGAUCUUAACCCGGAGAUCCGCGUUGCUCUGCAGUCUCUUCUGCGCCGUAUCGGCGAGGUCCGACUAGGCAUUGCCCCGCCAAACCCCCUGGACGCCCCGAUCAGUCCGCGCAGCUCCGUCUCUCAAAAGGCCUCGCGUCGUGAUAGCCAGGUCUGA